AUGGUCCACUGCGCCGGCUGCGAGAGGCCUAUUCUGGACCGCUUUCUGCUCAACGUGCUGGACAGAGCCUGGCACGUCAAGUGCGUGCAGUGCUGCGAGUGCAAGUGUAAUUUGACAGAGAAAUGUUUUUCUCGAGAGGGCAGACUGUACUGCAAAAAUGAUUUCUUUAGGCGUUUCGGCACGAAGUGUGGCGGUUGUUCGCAGGGCAUCUCUCCGAACGACCUGGUCCGGAGAGCCAGGAGCAAAGUGUUUCACCUCAACUGCUUCACCUGCAUGAUGUGCAAUAAGCAGCUCUCCACCGGCGAGGAGCUCUACAUCAUAGAUGAGAAUAAAUUCGUUUGCAAAGACGACUACCUAAGCAACGCCAGUGUAAAAGACACCAACCUCCUCUCAGUAACGGCAUGCAGCGACCCCAGUUUAUCGCCGGACUCUCAAGACCCGCUGCAGGACGACGUGGUCCUAAAGGACACGGAGAUAGCCGCCCUGUCCGACAAAGAAACGGUUAACAACGAGAACGACGACCAGAACCUCGGAGGGAAGCGGCGCGGCCCGCGGACCACCAUCAAGGCCAAGCAGCUGGAGACGCUGAAGGCGGCGUUCGCGGCCACCCCCAAACCCACCAGACACAUCAGGGAGCAGCUGGCCCAGGAGACCGGCCUCAACAUGAGGGUCAUCCAGGUCUGGUUCCAGAACCGACGUUCCAAAGAGAGGCGCAUGAAGCAGCUGAGCGCGCUGGGCGCCCGGAGGCACGCGUUUUUCCGCAGCCCGAGGCGGAUGAGGACGCUGGUGGACCGGCUGGAGCCCGGGGAGCUGAUCCCGAACGGGCCCUUCUCUUACUAUGGAGAUUAUCAAAGCGAGUACUAUGGCCCUGGAGGGAACUACGACUUCUUCCCCCAGGGGCCUCCGUCUUCACAGGCCCAGACCCCGGUUGAUCUCCCUUUCGUGCCCUCCUCAGGCCCCACGGGCACCCCCCUCGGCGGUAUGGACCACCCCCUGCCGGGCCACCACCCCUCCAGCGACGUGCAGCGCUUCUCAGAUAUCAUGUCCCACCACCCGGGGGAAUCUCCCAGCCCAGAGCCUGGCAUCCCGGGGCCCCUGCACAGCAUCUCUUCCGAGGUGUUCGGCCCCAGUCCGCCCUUUACCUCACUGUCGCUGAACGGCAGCGGAUACAACAACCACCUGUCCCACCCGCCCUCGGAAAUGAACGAGGGCACUGUGUGGUAG